AUGGUGAUGGUGAUGGUUGUGGUGGUUAUGGUGGUGUUUGUGGUGGUGGUUAUGGUGAUGGUUGUUUGUGGUGAUGGUAAUGAUUGUGGUGUUCGAGGUGGUAAUGGUGAUGAUGGUGAUGGUGGUGGUGUUGGAGUUGGUAAUGGUGGUGAUGCUGAUGGUGGCGGUGGUGGGGUGGUUCUGGUGGUUCUGGUGGUGGUGAUGAUGAUGGUGGUGGUGGUGGUUGUGGUUUUGGAGGUGGUGAUGAUUGGUGGUGGUGAGGAAGGUGGUUAUGGUUGUGGUGUUGGUAAUGGUGAUGGUGAUGAUGGUGGUGAUGGUGAUGGUGGUGGUAAUGGUGAUGGUUGUGGUAAUGGUGAUGGUGAUGAUAAUGGUGGUGAUGGUGAUGAUGGCGGUGAUGGUGAUUAUGGUAGUGGUGAUGUUGGUGGUGGUAGUGGUGAUGGAUGGUUGUGGUGA